GGUUCAAUCUUAUGGUCAGAUUCAGGCCCUAAAAUAUCUAAUCUACACGGAGCUCUGAUUCGGCAACCGCAGCCCUUGAUUUUUUUCGUUCACACUUACGGAUCCAAACCUCUCGGCCAAAUCAGCCGCACCAAACCUCACGCGCCACCGCGAUGGCAACUCCACCCACGCUACCUGUCACCAAUCAGCAAGCUGUUCAAUCUCAGCCACCAAUCAACACACCUGCUUUUCGUACUUUCUUCUCACGUCUCUCUACCUCGAUCCGUGAUGGCUUGUCACAGCGUCGUCCAUGGACGGAGCUCAUCGAUCGGAGUUCCAUGGCUCGACCUGAAUCUCUCACCGAUGCCUUGUCCCGGAUCAGGAAAAAUCUCGCUUACUUCAAGGUUAACUACGUCGCAAUCGUGUCACUCGUGCUCGCCUUUUCGCUUUUCUCUCAUCCUCUCUCCCUCCUUGUCCUCAUCGGACUCCUAGGUGGUUGGAUGUUUCUCUACCUUUUCCGUCCCUCAGAUCAGCCACUGGUCAUCUUCGGUCGCACUUUCUCUGAUCGAGAGACGCUACUUGCUCUGGUCUUGUCAACGAUCGUCGUCGUGUUUAUGACGAGCGUUGGAUCUCUCUUAACCUCCGCGCUUAUGAUUGGUGUUGCGAUCGUUUGCGUACACGGUGCGUUUGUGGUUCCGGAUGAUCUCUUCAUGGACGAUCAAGAGCCUGCGAAUGCUGGAUUACUCUCAUUCCUUGGAGGUUCUGCUACCUCAGCUGCUGCUGCUGUCUCAGGGAGAGUCUAAGAGCUGGAUUUGAUUCAGAUCUCUUCAAUUGUGGUUGGUAACUCCGUACUGAUUUUAGGGAUUUGGUGUUGUUGAAUUGAAUGUAGAUUCGUAACGAAGCUCUACAGAUUUAGAAGUACGAAUUUUUGGUUGCAAUAUCUGCUUCUACUUGUGUUGUUUUAUCUCUUUGGUGGCUCGACACUUUUAUGUUCAGAUGUAGAAAACUCAAAAGUUGAUCUUUCUCUAUUGGUCUCCUAUUGUGGGAUUCACUGUUAAAUUUCCAUCUCGCUUAAA